AUGUCCAGGUGGAAGGCAAGGCUGGCUGAAAGCCUGAAAUCUCCACCUAGAAGGAUGCAUCCAUUCCCGUGCUCAGCGCUGCUGGCUUGUUUUGGGGACACAAGGGAGACUGCUCCCUUCGAUCAGCCCAGCGCAGCCGAUACCCCUUCCACCGUCUUUGUUCAGCCCAAGGCCAAAGCAGGCCGACACCCAAGUCACCCACGAAGGGAAGAAGGAACUCCAGAGAAAAGGCGAGAUUCCGGCACCCAUUCAGAGAGAAAUGGCAGUGCGAACCGGAAUUCAAGUAACCACGCUGCUGUCCAGCCCGCGGAGACCCCUGUGGAUUUGCCCAGCUCUCUAGAUCGGGCGUCGGACUGUGAAGCAGUUACUUUUCAGACUUCUAUUCCCAGACCAUCAAUUAUUGAAACGCCAGAAGAAGAGGGAUCCCCAAAAGAACCACAAUGCCUCGGGUUGGAACGGAAGAUGGCAGCAGACAGCCCGCUGGAGGAUUCUGACCUGAAGGACACGUAUCUCAUCCCGAGAAACAUCAUGGCUGAGCCAGACUAUAUAGACGAUGACAAUCCUGAACUAAUUAGGCCUCAGAAACUAGUCAAUCCUGUCAAAACAUCCCGGAACCAUCAAGACCUUCACAGAGAACUUCUUAUGAAUCAAAAAAGGGGACUUGCCCCUCAGAAUAAGCCAGAGCUGCAGAAAGUGAUGGAAAAGAGAAAACGGGAUCAAGUAAUAAAGCAGAAGGAAGAGGAGGCACAAAAGAAGAAAUCUGACUUGGAAAUAGAACUAUUAAAACGGCAGCAGAAGUUGGAGCAGCUUGAACUUGAGAAGCAGAAAUUGCGAGAAGAGCAAGAAAAUGCCCCAGAGUUUGUGAAGGUUAAAGGCAAUCUCAGAAGAACAGGCCAAGAAGUGGCGCAAGCCCAGGAGUCGUAGGUCCAGGCUGCAGAGACCGCGCACCAGCCCAGCGCACACAAAAAGUGUGUGCAGGGGCCUCCCCAGUACUUAACCUCAGGGCCAAAGCCCCUGGAGAGAAUCCCAGCCAGCAGAGAACUGUUACUUUGAAAAGAGUUUGGUUUUGGUUUUCCUACCAUCCGGGUUGGAUCGGUUACACCUGUGACUGUUGCAGUUCCUAUUCGCCAAAUGAAGGACGUUGCCCAGCACUUAAGUUGGGAUAAUGGACCUGUGUGUUCAAAGACUUAAAAAAUAACAACAAGAAAAAAAGGAAGAGGACACUGGCAUAAAUUCCUGAGAGUUGCACUACUUGGUUUUUCUUUCAAGCCAAGUUUAGUGGGGCACAGAGCCUUUUUUCUUUUCAAAUGUAAAGAAAAUGUGUUUCGUUCUUCCUUUAGUUACCCAUUCAGUAAUUUAGAUCACGCAGAAAUGCGUUUGAUCUGUUAUAGCCACUGUUUGUAAAUUCUGUUUUCUUGUCUAUUUACACUUUCACCCACGUUAGGCUUAACACCAGAGAAUGUUAAUAUUCAUGUUGAACACAGUUCUUACCUUUGUCGGCAUUAAGAUUCAGAAAUAGAGUGAGGAACUUUAAAAAUAUGGGAACAAAGAGAUACAUAAACAAGACUACGUAAACGUCUGUCUUGAUCUUAUUUCCGUUCCUGUUGGUUCCCUGAUGCUUCACGGUGACCUUCUACUUCAGGGAAGGUCCAUCAUAUAAAUCCAUGUCUUGCUUUGAUAACUGUUAGGGGGUUGGUUUUGUUUUAUUUUGUUGUUAAGUUUCUUGCUCAGCCACGCCUUUUAUGUGAAAUAAUCUCCCACUCCUUCGAGGAAUAAAAACUAGUCCGUAUAACCCAACCUCAGUGUCAAAAGUAGAGGGUCCAAAUCUUCUGGUUUCUCCUGAGAGCAGUAUGGGGAAAGCUCCCACGUGGAGCUGUGAAGGAAGAGUUCUCUGGGUAUUUUAAUGUGAAUCAAAUGUAGAUUGGUCUCAAGGAGGCCCAUUUGGAAGAUAUAUAGCAUUUAUACAUUUUUAAUAUUAUUUGAA